CGCAAAAAUGAGCGCAGCUUGCGUCGUGGCUCUGGCACCUAGGGUAACCCCAACUCUAAAAUGCCCCCAACAUUCUUUGCUAUUAGAUCUAAGUGAGAAUUGUUGGUAUUAGCGUUGUUUCUAUCAAGCGGGCGCCUCUUGCAAGUGUGGCACGAGAACGGGCGAGGACUAGAGACCCGAGGGUCCAUGGUUCAUGUCCACGACAUGACCGAACUUUCACUCAGAGUAAGGGUAGUUGCUAGCUCUCUGAAUUUACAGGCGUUUGAAUCACUAGGUGUGGUCACAUUAAGGGGAACGACAAGGACGAUGCUCGAUAAGCAUAGCUUGUCAGUGUCCUACCCUUAGGAUGCUAGGUAGCAGAGUCUUUUGAACAACCAGUAACGCUUAUUUACGUAUUUCAGUGUCCGUUACAUAAGACUCAAAAGCGAUGCUUACGUGAAUAAUUAAGGAUUUGUUGUCAAGCCAGGCAAGAAAUCUGAGAAAGCCAGGCAAAAGAAAUAUAAACGUGCAAUUGAAAUUCUCAGCAAUAUCGGCUAGAUUAAAGAAAAGCUUUUUAACAGAAGCAGUACAUGUAGACAAUAGAAAUUAGCCGAAAGCAAGAGGAAUCGGAAUUGUAUCUUAUAUGCAAAUGCAUGUGUAAAGAUUCCUUAAUUUACUGUUUCAAAAGAAUACUAUGAUACAAAAUCUAUACUGAUCAUGAUUUUUGAAAGAGAAACGGCUCAAAUUUAGACAGAAGAGCUAUGGAUAUGGAAGACUGUGCUUUAGUUUACAAUUCGUCCACCACUUAUUACGUAGAAAGAAUGGACACAAGAUAUUACUUAUCUAAAAUUUCUAAAUAGAAGCAUUGCCUUCAUCAAGUUGAAGUUCGUGUUGACGGUCAUAGAUGACAAGAUAAAUUUUAAUACAAUAGCCCAACCUUUAUUUUCCAUUAUCGGGGAAGUUUUUCAAGUCUAGUCUUGAUAUUGUCUUGUCUUGAAAACGUCUAGUCUUGAAAGCACAUUUCCGGGCUCUAAGACCUUGCGCUUACCAUAAAUACAAAGAUUCCCUAGACUUCUUUUGUAACUCCUCGUGCUAUUCUCAAUAAAGUGGCCUAAUAAUUAAGACACACUUUUAUUUCUGUUUGCCUUCUUCGCAGUAAAAAGUAAGUGAAUAAAGAUAAAGGAACCAAUGACGAGCUAUUUAACAAUUUAUUAGAUUAUCUUCCUCUGUCUUAAUUGCUUCGUCAAUAUAGAUUUUGAUGACGUCACACUUCAGUACACUAUAUUUCGCAUCCUUUUGCAGCUACUUCCUACCUUCCUUUAUUCUGCUGUGUUAAAUAAUCACUUAUGUCCCAUUCCUUUGAAUAUCGUUAUCCAUUGUAAUCAAUACCAUGAAAAUAAUCCAUAUUUUCUCACGGAAACCUCUUGCGGAAUUGACAGCCUGUUUGGCAUAUUCCUUCAACGUAUUCAUGGUAAGCUAUCCUACCUGCCAGAAAGAUUUACAAAGCAUUUAGAGGGCGGCAAUCAAAUACUAGCAUGUUCCGGCUCAUUACCUGAUUGACUUCUUUAAUAAAAGAACGGAGAUUUACAAAAUUGUGGUACUCCAAGGGAUAUGUGCCGUGAUUAUAUUUUGGUCUCCUUUUAAAUCGAGGCUCAAAUUAAAGUUUUUUGUCAAUAGGUAAAUAUGCUGCUGUCUCUUUUUAGAGCUUGCAAACUCAAACUGCCCACUUUCAAUAUCCUCUCCUUAUUUGUUAACCAAGGGGUCUGGAUACUACGGUACGUCACAUGCACACACAGAAUAAGAAUUUGCUAUCAUAUUCCCCACAUUUGCUAGUGAAUUACCUGAGUCUUUUGUAAUUGGUGAAAGGGUGCACGGCAGUAUCAAUAGCUCUCCCCGUCGAUAACAUCCAACCAAGCACUGCAAGCUCUAUGUUAUUGCCGCAUCAAGUAAAGAUACACUGAAUCUGUGCAAACCACAGUCUAUUUUCGUCUUGAAUAUCCUAACUACUCAAAGUAAGUGUCGUCAAUGUCUUCUCCGCAUGCGGCCGUUUUACAGGUGUCUCAAUAUAUGCGUGCGUCUUGUACAAUAAUUCAGCCUCGACCAGUAAAUCUAUACCUUAUACAGAAUUAAAGAUUGAGGUGUACGGCGGAAGGUCUUUUCCUAUAUUCACCAUAGAUAAACAUAUCAAAAUUGAAAAAAAAACAUAACAUUCUUCCCAUUUAAAGUGAAGCAUCUUUGCGAAGAGUAGAUCAAAGCUUGGCACUCUGAUUUUCGACAAUGGCAAGUGAAGAGAAAAGGGGAAAGCUUUCAGAGGAACAACUUCGAGAGUUUUAUGAUGCAUUCUGUGUUUUUGACAAGAAGCAUAAAGGCCAUAUUGGAAACAAUGACAUCAAGCUGCUUAUGAGGUCGUUGGGGUUCAAUCCAACAGAGACCGAAGUUGAAAACCUGUGUAUGAAAGUUGAUUAUGAUGGAAAUGGAAAGGUUGAUUUUAACGAAUUCAUCGACCUGAUGCUGGAGCUUGAAAAUCCGGAAUUGGAUCAACAGAGCUACUUGGAAGCUUUUAGAGCUUUUGAUAACACUGGCAGAGGAUAUGUGAAUUCAUCGCUGAUUCGUGAGAUUCUAGUAGAUGUAAUGGGAGACCGUAAAAAGGAUAGGGAUUACAUCCUUCAAAUAUUUCAACUAGAUAAAGAUCGGAAAGUUUCAUACGAUGAAUUCAAAAUGAUGAUCAGUUCUACGUGAAAUCAGGAGUAACAAACUCAGGGGUGAUUAUCAACUGUAAAGAAAAAAUUUCACGGUUGUCCUAUUCACUGUUCUCCUCCCUAAUGUGCGUAACUCUUUCCUUUUUAAACCCACUGUAAAAAGUUUUUAUUUUUUUAUAUUCAACUGCAAAAAAUAAAAUUUGAUUUUGACUUAAUUUAUUAUUGCUUGGUUAAAACGAAAACAAAAACAAGUAAACCUAAAUGUUGUUUAAAACUAACAUGAGUUUAAAAAUGUGUAAACCUAAAUGUUGCUUGACAGUGGAUCUUUAAAAGGCCUUUCAAAUUGGUGGUAUUAAUGGAACGGGUUUGCAUUUAAACUUGCCUUCCUUCAAAAUUUUUCUCUUGUUCUUCUUACCACCACCUUUCGUACAGGAGGGUCCGCAAUUCAAUACUUUAUUAUAAAUGACGCAAAGAGGUUUUAACAUGCCAACCCAAAUUCACAAAUCACAUAUAUGGAGUUUUGUUGCCAUAUUCAAAAGUUAAAAUUCUCUCAGCCAGAAUUUUAUCAUUUGAUGUGAUAUAAAUUAUCAGUGAUAAAAAUUAUAAAAUAAGGUAUCACCUGUUUUUGCGUCUCUGUUAAUGCCUAAUAUUAGUUGUAAGAAAAAGUUAUUCGAAUACUGUAAAUGGCAUUCGCAUUUUCAAAUAACCCUUGACCUUAUAUUACAAAAAAAUUACAAAAACAAUGGCAAAAACGAAAGCAAAUGUAGAAGUAUAUGGGUUUGCUAUAGGCCAACCUUUUGAUUUAAAAAUAUUUUUUUGAAUAUUGUAGCUUUCUUCUUUCUUUUCAUUUAUAUAAGUACAUGUUUAUCUGUUAAUUGUCUAAUAUAUACAUGCAUGUAAUACCAGUAUUUCAUUUUUUUUCACUUUUGCUCAAAAAACUAUGCUUUCUUUGAUUUCUCUAUCUACCUACAACAGUACGCAACACAACUGAGCUUAUCGUCUUGAAUGCUCAAAGAUACCAGAUCGAGGAGCUAGCGUAAAGAAAAAACUAACUGUUGAAAUAAAAAGCAAUAAGAAAUCCUUUUCAAAAACAACUUUGCUACAAUGAAAUUUGUGCUUUAAGCUCCUCAAGGGGAGAGGGCAAUACUUUAUAAGUUGACUUCGUCAUAUGUUAUUGACAACUUUCCACACAGCAUUUUGCUUUGAAGAGUAUGUAUCUCGUUCCAAUUUCCUUUGUAUUUUAGCGCUGGCCCAUGUAAAAAUUCACUUCUGCCAGCAUAAACAGACAGGCUUUCUAAAGAACCUAUUCCUGGUUUGAUAAUUAGGUUCGAAAUUCCAGAUAGCCAUUGCCAAC